AUGUCGGAAAUGUCCAACUGCACCGUUAUCCGCAGCCAAACCUCCCAGAACCACCGGUUCCAACCUUCCAACAUUACCGUCCAAGCGCAGUGCCCGCACAUCGCCAUCCCUCGUCGCAUCUACCUAUCUCCCACCCCGCAAGCCAUCCAGUUCCACAAGUGGACCUUUUCCGUCUCGCAGAUCGCCCUGGACGACGAGACCCUCCCCGCUCGCAUCUACUGCCUGGACUUCUUCCACCGGGCGUUUACCCGGUUCCCUCUUCCGCACACGCAACCCCCCGGGCCGGCUGUUCUGCCCUACGAGACCUUCAACAUGGUGCCCGGGCAAUGGAGCCCGACGCGGUGGCUCGACUUCCACGCCGACAUUGGGGAGUGGCAGCACGUCAUGUUCCCGUACGACGGGCUGGAGGGCUGCUUCGCCGAUGCCCCCUACCGGCCCACGUCUGAUCUGCUCAUCCGCCUGUCGACAGGCGGCGACGCGAACCAGCACGGCGAAGGAGCCAUCUACGGCGGCCCGCACAACAAGCUGGUCUUUACGUCGAGAAAGUCUAUCCCCUAUGGGAGUUUCUGGCGGUUCGCCUUUGAGUUCGCCUUUGUCGGGGACCCGCAGUCUUUUCUCUCGCAGCAGGAUAUCGCGGUGCCGCGAGCGAAUGUGGACUCGGUGCCUCGAGACUCUUCGUUGUUCGGGGACUCGGUCCAGAUAUGGGUCACGCAUAAUGGCUUCGAAUCCGCGGCUUCUUUUCAUUAUACCUUUGUCAAGACGUUCCACGGUACGGCGGCGGGAGAUGAUGUGACGGCGCUACUGUUUUGCGUCGCUGGCGUGGAACACAUAAGGGACACCGUGGUGUCGAAUCGCCUGUUCCAGUCCUUGUAUCGUGUCAAGCUCGCGCCUAUUCCUGAGCAGACGUAUUUGUAG